AUGACUCCCGACGAGCAAGAGGCGGUGUUCUCCGUAGCCCAAAUCGUGUUCUUCAACACCGUCAAUCUGAUAGUAACUGUCACCGGGUAUGGAGCAUUUGUUUUGGGAACGAUUAUUGCCGUUGUAUCUCUCAGGAGAAGAACCUGGGGACGUUCACAGACCAUCCUACUUGUUUGUCUGCUCGUAAUAUUCACUUGCUUCACCUGGGACGUCUUCUACUCUGGAGGAUUCAACGUGACCGAUAUCCGGUAUACGUUUGUGAAAACCUCAUCAGAGGGCCUGGUGGCUCAAAUAGAAGCGGCCGAUCGGAAAACCUUGGUAUGGCAAUAUAUGCCGUCGUGGGCUGCAACAGUGAACCUUCUCUUGAGCGAUUGCAUCGUUGUUUGGAGAGCGUGGAUAUUAUUCCAAGACGAAAAAUUCUGGAAGAUCUCUCUAGCAGUUCUCAUGAUAGCCAACAUAGGCGUCAAUGUCGCUGAUUGUAUCUGGGGUAACAUCGAACUCAGUGUCGAGAUCGCAAGCUCCACUACUCUUGACUGGCUCUCGAGCAUAAUAUCCUUGACUGUUAAUAUUUUCGCGACCUUUCUCAUAGCAUUCAAAGCCUGGUGUCACGAAGCGGCAGAGGCGGAGUGA